AUGGCGUCUUCCAGUGGGAAUUCCUCCUUCGGCGUUUCAUCGUCCCUGCUUCAGAACUCCUGCUCCGAUGAGGACCUGCAGCAGCUGGUGAUGGACGAGAGGAAGAGGAAGAGAAUGUUGUCGAAACGAGAAUCGGACCGGCGGUCGCGGAUGAGGAAGCAGAAGCAUCUCGACGAGCUGGUGGGGCAGGUCACCCAGCUGAGGAAGGACAAUAGCCAGAUCUUGACCACCAUCAACGUCACCACCCAACACUUUCUCAACGUCCAGACGGAGAACUACGUCCUUUGUGCCCAGAUCAGCGAGCUUGGCAACCGCCUCGAUUCACUCACAGAGAUCCUUGAUUUCAUCGGAAACAACGACCUUCAUCCCUCCUUCUUUGGCGAUUGGAUUUUCGAACAGAUGGGUGAGGAGAGACGCUGGAGGAUGAGAGGACGAUGGAGAAUGGAAAGUGCCCUACCCUUUCAUGAUUCAAUUUACUUUUUAGAUUCAGGGGGUCGGGUUUGGGGUUGGGUCAAUUAUUGGGUUGGUUUGCGGGUUGGGCAGGUAGGGCGGACAUGGCGGGUAAAUAUAACGUGGUGGGUCGGAUCAUCGUUUUUUAGUGUUAAAAUAUGA